AUGCCAGGAUUCACAGUGUCCUCACCAUUCGCCGUAGACGACAUGCUGAGGUCAGCACAAACCAUUGUGCAGGAAAUCAUACUGAAAAACGUGGACAAGACUAGACUGCGCCGAAUCCGGGGCUUCCCAGGAUAUCAAAUCUGGAUCCGCUGUUUGACCAACAUGGCAGCCGGAGAUGAGUCCCAGCUGGGUAAUCUGAAGAGCCACAUGAGAACCCACACGGAUGAGAAACCUCACAGAUGCGAGGAGUGUGACAGCCAGUUCAGUGACCUCUGUAAUCUGAAAAUUCACAAAUUACACACUCACAAUAGUGAGAAACCAUGCCGAUGUGAGGAGUGUGGCAUCGGGUUUAGUAGACUGUCAAAUCUAAAGAGACACAUGCGGACUCAUACUGGUGAGAAACCGUAUACUUGCGAGGGGUGCAGCAGGCAGUUUAGUCGGCUGUGUAGUCUUAAGAGACACAUGCGGGCUCACACUGGUGAAAAACCGUACCAAUGUGAGGAGUGCGGCAGCCAGUUUAGUCUUCUGUCUUAUCUGAAGGGGCACAUGCGGACUCACACGGGUCGAAAUCAGUGUGAGGAGUGCGGCAGCGAGUUUAGUAAUCUGUCAACUCUGAAGAGACACAUUCGGACUCACACUGGUGAGAAACCGUACACUUGCGAGGAGUGCAGCAAGCAGUUUAGUCGGCUGUGUAGUCUUAAGAGGCACAUGCAGAAUCACACUGGUGAGAAAACGUACGGAUGUGAGGAGUGCGGCAUGCAAUUCAGGAAGUUCCGUGAUCUGAAAAGCCACAUAUUACGCACUCACACCAGUGAGAAACCAUACCGAUGUGAAGAGUGUAGUAAGGAGUUCAGUGAGCUCUGUAAACUGCAAAACCACAUACGUACUCACACCGGUGAGAAACCUUACAGAUGUGAGGAGUGCGGCAGCCAGUUUAGUCAUCUGUCUCAUCUAAAGGGGCACAUACGGACUCACACUGGUGAGAAACCCUAUCGGUGUGAGGAGUGCGGCAGCGAGUUUAGUGCACUGUCAAAUAUAAAGAGACACAUUCGGACUCACACAGGUGAGAAACCGUACACUUGCGAGGAAUGCAGCAAGCAGUUUAGUCGGCUGUGUAGUCUCAAGAGACACAUACGUACUCACACUGGUGAAAAACCGUACGGAUGUGAGGAGUGCGGCAGCCAGUUUAGUCACCUGUCUUGUCUGAAGGGGCACUUACGGACUCACACGUCAACAUCCUAGCUCACCCAGUGAAACUACUAAAAGCCUACAAAUGUCGGUUAUAUGAGCACAGCAAACGGCUCAGUAUCAAAUGCCACAAAACGUUUGUGGUGGUUUGAACAGUGAAAAAAAGAUGGGAGGGGUUGUUUUAGAUGUUUGACAGGGGCCUAACGAUGUUAUGCUGUUGAACAUUUCGUUCCAUAUAUAUAUAUUCACUGUUUUCGACUUUAUAGAAAAUAUGUAAAACAAAGAUAACGUUAUUGCAAUCCCGAUUGUUGCACGUUCCGUAGCAUGUUGACUAGAAAUAGUAGUGUGUGAAGUGGUGACUGUAAAGUGUUUAGACUAUAGAUGGUUGCAUGGUUAGUCACCGUUCGCUUGAUGUCAAGGCGUCAUCGUCCGACCAUUAUUUCACUUUCCCAAGUGAAAUAACGCCGUCUUUUUUCUGUUUUAAUAACUGAAGUUUUGUUUUCCACUUUUUACACUAUAUAUAGCUGUUUACGUAAAUAAAUUUAGUUAGUUAGUUGGUUUGUACUGUAAACUGGUUGCAGCAUCAAUGUUAGAUAUGAGUGCGUUAGAGUGUUGCUUGUAAUAUCCCGUAAGCUACAAGAGAUUUGUAAACUUUCUGUCUCUUAUAGUAGUAAGAACGAAGUCAGAGCUAGAGACGUAAUGGGUUGUUGUCUUAAUUCUUUACCA